AUGAUCAUACUGGCAGUCUACUACACCUUGGCAGAUAUUGUUCUCUUGGGCCAAUGUUUCUAUUAUAGAGGAUUCACACUCCAGGAUGAGCUUUCUCCAACGCCAACGCCAUCUCCCGAGUCAGAGUCACAGCCAGUCGCCACCGGCGCAUUAGACGAUCAGGAAAAUGGAACUCGCGCGGUCCCACCACCAACCGAGCAAACUUCCCUUUUACCAAAGUCCAACGGCCAUGUGCAGAUUCAACAUCCCAUCCGACCUACCUCGUCGACCUCCGCGCAAGGAAGACGCCAUUCCGCCACUUCGUUCCGUGAUAUCUUGCAUACUCAUGUAGAUGGCACACACCUUCUCGCCCGCAACUCCAUUCAUCGACUCGAAUGA